AUGUCAGCGAAAGCAAUUAGUGAAUAUACGGGCAAGGAAUUGCUAUAUCGACAUCUGAAGGAGCUCGAAUUUGUCGAGAAACCACAAGCGUUAAAACUUACCUCAAGCGACUCAUUCGAUGUUGUAACAGAUAAAAUUAAGUGGCUCAAUCAUGAUAAGAAAGCGGUGAUUAAACCAGAUCAAUUGAUCAAGCGCCGAGGUAAAUUGGGUUUAGUGAAAUGUGGAAAUGUUUCUGUCCUACGUGACUGGUUCAACGAAAUGAAAAAUAAAAGCAUGCAGAUCGACAAAGUAGUUGGAUGUUUGCGUAAUUUUAUUAUGGAGCCGUUCUGUAUGCAUUCAGAGAGCGAUGAAAUGUACAUUGCUAUAAUUAGCAGACGCGAAGAUGACGUCAUCCUUUUUUAUGAACAUGGUGGGGUCGAUAUUGGCGACAUUGAUGCCAAGGCUCGUAAAUUGUAUUUCCCGGUGGAUAUCGACAGAAAGAGCGUUUCUAUUGCUGACCAUGAUGUUGAAUCACUGAUCGGCCCAAUGGAAAGCCAGAAAUUAUCACUGCUGAAAACCUUUGUAAAAGCUCUUUACUAUGUGUAUAAGGAGAACUGCUUCACCUAUUUAGAAAUAAACCCAUUUGUUCUAGUCAACAACAAAAUCUACAUACUUGAUCUUGCUGCAAAGCUUGAUGAAACAGCACUGUUCCUUUGUUCGGAAAUCUGGAAGACCAGAGAUGGAGAACCGGUUGAUUUUCCUGCUCCUUUUGGAAGAGAUAAAAUGGCAGAGGAGAAGUAUGUUGCUGAUCUCGAUUCAAGAACUGGUGCUUCAUUAAAACUAACCAUUUUAAAUCGUCGAGGUCGUAUUUGGACUAUGGUAGCUGGUGGUGGCGCUUCUGUUGUUUACACCGACACAAUUUGCGAUCUGGGAGGAAUGUCUGAGCUGGCAAAUUAUGGUGAAUAUUCGGGUGACCCCUCUGAAAUAAUGACUUAUGAAUAUGCAAAAACAAUACUCAGUGUACUUACGGAAGGUUCACCACAUCCGAAAGGCAAAAUUCUUAUUAUCGGUGGCUCAAUUGCUAAUUUCACUAACGUUGCAAAGACAUUUAGAGGAAUUAUAAAAGCCAUUGAGGAAUAUGGGGAACUUCUCCAUGAGCAUAAGGUCACCAUACAUGUACGAAGAGGGGGACCAAAUUAUCAAGAAGGGCUAAGAAAAAUGAAAGAAACGGGUUCGCGCUUAAACUUACCAAUUCAUGUAUAUGGACCAGAAACCCAUAUGACAGGUAUCGUCGCAGCAGCACUGGGAAUAUGUCAUGCUCCCGACAAGCCAUUAGCUUUGCAAGCUACUGAUCAAUUUCUUCCACCAAAAGUAGAUAAUGUGGAAAAUAUAGAGUUGGAAUCUUCCUUAAACAUGACAUCACCGGCAAGGAAGAUUAUAAAACUAGCAGCAACUGGAAAUGAACCGAUGGAAACCAGUGAUCGCGAGAUCAGACUAAGCGGCAGUUUAUUUGAAAAUCAUACAAAAGCCAUUGUAUGGGGACAACAAAUGAAGGCUAUACAGGGUAUGCUUGAUUUCGAUUUCGUUUGUGGUCGUUCACAGCCGUCAGUGGUUGCAUCGACGUAUCCUUUUAUAGGUGACCAUAAGCAGAAGUAUUAUUUUGGUCAUAAAGAAAUUCUGGUACCAGUUUACAAAUCAAUGAAGGAUGCUUUCAUUAAGCAUCAUGAUGUUUCUGUUUUUAUCACUUUUGCUUCUUUGCGAUCUGUCUAUGCAACAGUUCGAGAAGCUUUGGACUUUUCACAAAUUCGCGUCAUUGCAAUAAUUGCUGAAGGCAUACCCGAAAAUCAAACACGGCAGUUGAUUAAGUUGGCAAACGAAAAAUGUGUAACAUUGAUUGGACCGGCUACAGUAGGUGGCAUUAAACCAGGUUGUUUUAAAAUCGGUAAUACUGGUGGUAUGAUAGACAAUAUAUUGUCGCUGAAGCUGUAUAGACCGGGAAGUGUUGCAUACGUGUCACGUUCUGGAGGAAUGUCAAAUGAGCUGAACAACAUCAUUUCGCAAAAUGCUGAUGGAGUUUAUGAAGGAAUUGCUAUUGGUGGUGACAGGUACCCAGGAAGCACGUUUGUUGACCAUCUUCUUCGAUACGAAAUGGAUGACAGAGUGAAAAUGAUGGUUAUGCUUGGUGAACUGGGUGGUGAAGAGGAAUACAAAGUUGUUGAAGCAUUGAAGGAGAAACGUCUUACGAAGCCUUUAAUUGCUUGGUGCAUUGGAACGUGUGCAAACUACGUUACAUUUGAGAUUCAAUUCGGUCAUGCAGGUGCAUCAGCUAAUGCACAAGCUGAAACUGCUACUGCUAAAAAUUUAGCACUGAAAGAAGCUGGGGCUUAUGUGCCUAAUUCCUUUAACGAUUUAGGUGACGAAAUUGCCAAGAUUUACAAAGAUCUUUUGCAAAAAGAAGUAAUUGUAUUGAAAGAAGAGCAGCUACCUCCUACUGUACCCAUGGAUUACACUUGGGCAAGGGAACUAGGUUUAAUACGGAAGUCUGCAUCAUUUAUGACGUCUAUAUGUGAUGAACGUGGUGAUGAGCUCCUUUACGCAGGUAUGCCAGUAUCUCGUGUGCUUGAACAAAAUAUUGGCAUUGGAGGUGUGCUUAGCUUACUUUGGUUCCAGAAACGACUGCCGGAUUACGCAAAUAAAUUUAUUGAAAUGUGUUUGAUAAUAACUGCGGACCACGGACCUGCUGUAAGCGGUGCUCACAACACGAUUGUAUGCACUCGAGCUGGGAAGGAUUUGGUGUCAUCCUUGGUUUCUGGGUUAUUAACAAUUGGUGAUCGAUUUGGGGGUGCAUUGGAUGGUGCAGCACGGCAGUUCAGUGAAGCAUUUGAUAAGGGAUUGAGUCCUAUGCAAUUUGUUAAUGAAAAGCGACUUGCUGGUGAACAUAUCAUGGGGAUUGGACAUCGUGUCAAGUCGAUCAAUAAUCCAGACAAACGUGUCGAUAUAUUAAAAAAUUUUGUUCUGGACCGGGAAAAGUUCAAGCAAGAAACUCCAUUAUUAGAAUACGCGUUGAAAGUGGAAAAGAUUACUACGUCAAAGAAAGCAAAUUUAAUAUUGAACGUUGAUGGAGCAAUCGGUGUCAUUUUCGUAGACAUACUUCGCUGUUCCGGGAUGUUUACGUCCGACGAAGCACAGGAAAUUAUCGAAAUCGGGGCUAUAAAUGGGUUGUUUGUUCUGGGGCGAAGUAUUGGAUUUAUCGGGCAUUACUUGGAUCAGAAAAGGCUCAAGCAAGGACUGUAUCGACAUCCAUGGGAUGAUAUUACAUAUAUUUUGCCUCAAAAGUAA